CGCUCUCCGUUGCCUUUGCAGGUUCCUGGGGUGCGGCACCCGGCCUCCCCAUGACGCUGGAGUGACAGGUCCAGGCAGAGGGGCGUGCCCGCCCGGGGCAGAAUGACCAAGACGCGGCUGUUCCGCCUGUGGCUGGUCCUGGGCUCCGUGUUCAUGAUCCUGCUGAUCAUUGUCUAUUGGGACAACGUGGGCACCGCCCACUUCUACCUGCACACGUCCCUCUCCAGGCCGCGCCCCCCGGAGCCCCAGCCCAGCCCCGCGCGGGUCACGUCGGACAUGGACGACUUCUUGGACAAGCUGCUCGGGGGCGUCACGAAGCCGAAUGCUCCUCCCGGGAAGAGAACAGCGCGGCCCCCGGCGCCGGCCUCCGGCAGGCCCGGGCUGGGCGGCCAGGAGGAGAGCGUGCGGGGCUACGACUGGUCCAGCCGCGCGGCCCCGCAGGGCCCGGACGCGGACGCGCGGCAGGCGGAGCGCAGGAGCGUGCUCAGGGACUUUUGCGCCAACACCAGCCUGGCGUUCCCCACCAAGGAGCGCUCCUUUGACGACAUCCCCAACUACGAGCUGAACCACCUCAUCGUGGACGACCGCCACGGCGUCAUCUACUGCUACGUGCCCAAGGUGGCCUGCACCAACUGGAAGCGCGUCAUGAUCGUGCUCAGCGAGAGCCUGCUGGACCGCGGCGCCCCCUACCGCGACCCCCUGGACAUCCCCCGCGAGUACGUGCACAACUCCAGCACCCACCUGACCUUCAACAAGUUCUGGCGCCGCUACGGGCGGUUCUCGCGUCACCUCAUGAAGGUCAAGCUGAAGAAGUACACCAAGUUCCUGUUCGUGCGGGACCCGUUCGUGCGCCUCAUCUCCGCCUUCCGCAGCAAGUUCGAGCUGGAGAACGAGGAAUUCUACCGCAGGUUCGCGGUGCCCAUGCUCAGGGCCUACGCCAACCACUCGAGCCUGCCCACGUCCGUGAGCGAGGCCUUCCGCGCGGGCCUCCGGGUGUCCUUCGCCAACUUCAUCCAGUACCUGCUGGACCCGCGCACCGAGAGGCUGGCGCCCUUCAACGAGCACUGGCGGCAGGUGCACCGGCUCUGCCACCCCUGCCAGAUCGAGUAUGACUUCGUGGGCAAGCUGGAGACGCUGGACCAGGACGCCGCCCAGCUGCUGCGGCUGCUCAAGGUGGACCAGCGGCUCCACUUCCCCCCCAGCUACCGCAACCGAACGGCCAGCAGCUGGGAGGAGGACUGGUUCGCCCAGAUCCCGCUGGCCUGGCGGCAGCAGCUCUACAAGCUCUACGAGGCCGACUUCGUGCUCUUUGGCUACCCCAAGCCUGAGAACCUGCUCAGGGACUGAGGGCAAGAGGGAAGUUCCAGACUCCAGGCCGCCACGUGCAUUUUUUAGGGCCUCGUGUCCCUCCCAGUCUCACGCGGGGCCGAGAAGCCCCCAGUGCUCCAGUCGCCGGGGCAGCUGAGCACCCCGGGGUGGACCCAGCCACACUCUGGUUUUUAAAUGACCUGCGAUUUCGCAGCCAGACUUACUGCUCACUCCACUGCCUGUAUUCACUCAGUACUGUGUUAAUAUUGUUUUUUUUAAGAUUAAUAUAUUUCAGAUAUUUAACAUGC